GGCGUUGGUUUGGGGCUCCGAUCCCGAACGUAGGGUUUGGUUUGGUGCCUCUAAAACCCAAACCCCCCAACUUCAGUUCCGAGAGAUAGAGAGAGAACAAAAACACUGACUCCCAGCUGCUUCUCCAUCUCAUGGCUUUUCUUUUCCAGAAAUUUCAAGAGGCUGUGAGAAUUCUUGCAAAAAGUCCCACAUUUGCUAGAAAUCCAAGGCACAUUCAAUUUGAGGCUGAUAUAAAUCGCCUCUUUCUUUACACCAGCUAUAAUCGUUUAGGAAGGAAUGCUAAUGAAUCAGAUGCAGAGGCGAUCAUUGAUAUGGCUGGUAAGGCCUCCCUUGCUGAUCAACAGAAACAGGUUCAAGAAAACAUCCAUUCUCAAAUUAAAACCUUCUGUGCAUCAAUGGAUGAAAUUCUUCUUCCUGAUUCAAAGAGCAUAAAUGAAUCAUCUGAAUCAACUUCACAAAGGAAUCCUGCUGUGACCCGUAGCGGCCUUGGCCUUGCUGUUGGAAGGAUGAGCCCACAAAAUAAAAGUCCUGUUGUACCUGAUACAAUACCGUUAAAACCUGCUGAGUUGUCUCAGAGUCUGAAGAAUAUCAUAGGCUACACUCUUGAGCUCAAACCAUCUCAAAUUCCGCAUAAGGACGCUGGCCAAGGUUUAUUCAUAGAUGGUCAAGCUGAUGUUGGUACUGUAAUAGCAUUCUACCCCGGAAUAAUUUACUCUCCAGCUUAUUACCGUUAUAUUCCUGGAUAUCCAAGAGUUGAUACACACAACCCGUACUUGAUCACAAGGUAUGACGGAACUGUUAUCAAUGCACAGCCUUGGGGUGUUGGGGGCGAAAUCCGUGAAGUGUGGGACCUCUCUAGUGUUAAUAAAUCUAGGCCAAAUGUGAAAGAUGAUGCUAAUAAUAAAGGUUCUGACCAAAUUUGGAAGAUGCUCAAUAAACCUUUGCAAGCCACACGAGUGGCCAUUAGUGGCGAUGUGUUGGAGCGGAGAAACCCACUAGCUUUUGCCCAUUUUGCGAACCACCCUGCAAAAGAUAUGGUCCCAAAUGUAAUGGUUUGCCCUUAUGAUUUUCCGUUAGCUGAGAAGGAUAUGAGAACCUAUAUACCAAACAUAAAGUUUAGAAGUGGAGAGGAAGCGAAGAUGAAGAGGUUUGGAAGUUUUUGGUUUAAAUCUUGGGGAUCUAGCAACGGUGAAUCAGAUGUUCUGGUUCUUAAGGCUCUUGUCCUUGUGGCCACUAGGUCACUUUGUGAUGAAGAGGUGCUCUUGAACUACAGGUUAAGCAACUCAAAGCGGCGACCAUCCUGGUAUACUCCAGUAGAUGAGGAAGAGGAUCGGAGAAGGUGGAGCUGAAUUGGAGAAUUGGAUAUUGAAGCAACUUCUUCUUGUGGCAUUACACAAUCAUUUCUUUAGUAGCUGUCUCACUUGAGUUUCUUUGUUCCUUGGACUUUUUCCUCUCUUUUUGGAUGUCAUUAUAAAGCUUUUUCAAAGCUGCAAUUUGACCUUUUUGAUUGUAACCUAACAAUGAAGUGGACUAUGCUGAAAGGAGGGUUAAAUAAUGUGGAGAGGCAAGCCAGUGUACAAUGCUAGUGGCCUUAAAAUAGCAUCCACUAGACAGAAAAAAGGGAGAACUUGGAGAUUGAAUCCACUGCAUGGAAGUAGGAAGCAUCCACUGCACAAAAGAUUGAAGUUUUUUUUUUUUUUUUGGAUAAAAAAAGGAAGCAUCCACAUCACUUUGUCAUUGGGGCUUUUUGUACAUUUAAUGGUUUUUUGUUUGGAAUGGUUGCCUUGAACUUCUUAACUAUGUAAAAGUAGUAUUUUGGUUGUCACAAAUAAUUGUGUGUUUUGAAAACUUGAAUGACAAAUUUAUGAAUGUUGGUUUCGUGCGUGA